GGGAAAAGGUCCACUUUGGAUCAAAUUUGAUCUAGGUUUUUCAAAGUUAUAUUUAAAAGAAGUUACAUGCUAUGAUGUCAGAUUUGCAAAGUGCUCUUUUCUAAGAAGAAGAAGAAGAGGACCAGAAAGAAUGAGUGCAAUAACAGUUCUGUGGAAAAAACUGUCUGCUUUCAUAUUUUUCUUUAUAAACAUUGGAAAGAGACUGUUAUGUUUUCUAAAAAUUAGGCGACGGAAAAAUUCUGGGAAUCUUCUGCCUCUAGCCAAUCACUAUCCAUCGCCACCAGAUGUCACUCAUGCUGUGCCAGGAAAUGAGGCUGACUUGGAGAUGGAGGCCUGGGACUCCUGGGGAGUAGAAAACACCAACACCAGUGCAAAUAAAAACCAAACAAGUAACUAUAGUAACAGUAACCAUGCAGGUUACUAUGGAAACCGUAACCAGCCUGAGCCAGAACCGGAGCCAGAGCCAGACUAUUUUGCUGAUAUGGCCCCAGAGGUCAAGAAAACUGCAAAAAUUUUAGUCAAGAAAAGAGAAGAUUACAGUUAUACAAGUGGAGGAAAUAUGUCCAGCAGACUUGCUAUGAAUUCUGUUAUUCCUACACAAAUGAGCCCAGAUCUAGAUGAAUGGCAGGAAGAGGAAAGUGGCUGGGAGGGGGAGGACCUGUCAUGGGAGGCCGACGCUGUCUUAAAGGAAAAACGUCGCAUCGAGAGGGAAAAUAGGCAGCAAGAACAGCAGCGCAAAAAGAUGGAGCGUGAAGCACAGCGGUCGAGAAAAGACAGUGGUUCAUUUACGGCAGUUAAACUGUCCUGAUGCAUAAUGGUUGAGAAUUGUUUCAAAACUGUGCUUUCAUAAAAUAAAAUGGGAUGGAUUCAAAUUUUUGUAUUUCAAGACAUUGCUUUCUUGAACUGAGAUGGGACAGAUUCUCUCCAAACUUGGUACUCUCUGGGUCUGCUCACACAAGGCCAUUUUAGACCUGACUUUGGUCCAACUUGUGUCAUCAGUCCAGAGGACACCUGUAAACUUCUUGCAUGUCUAGACUGUUUAAUAUUAAGAUAUUAAACAUCAGUUUGGUUGUCUCACUUUCCCAAGUUAGAUGUGGUAACAGUUCAAUAAUGUUCAUGUUUAAACAUUCUAUAUACAACAAACUGACAUAUUUUCAUCUUUAAACAGAUAUUAUAUUCUGAAGCAUUUUAUUGUCAGUGCAUCAGUCUAAGAGAUCUCACAGAAUAUAUGGCCUUGUAUCAAGCAACUGGUUUAAAGAAUGUAUAGCCCUGUAGUAGCACCCUGAGUAGCAGAGUUAAUUGGAAAUGGCAGAGGCAUGCUAGUAAGGGGUCCUGUUCUCAUAGACUCCCAUCAGUCUAAGACCCCAUUCCCACAGUAGAUCGAUCUAUCCCUGUGGGGAGUCUCACUAGAUUACUGUCAGCUUAGCCGGCAUGAGCGUCUGUCCCACCUACUAAAAGCUGUAAGGGGGUAAUGAACUUCUGUGCGAGCUUGGCUGACAUCAAUUAAGCGUGAACCCCCAGGGAGUAAAGUCGAUCUAGAUGGAUUGAUCUAAAUCUAUGGGAAUGCACUCUAUG